GUCGGAUACACAGACAGCCUUAUCUCUUCCACACUGGCUCUGUGGGGAAUCCAGAUUCUGCAGCUGGUCACCCUCCUGAAGCCUUGAACAUGGCAGAGAGUGAGGCUGAGACCCCCAGCACCCCAGGGGAGUUUGAGAGCAAAUACUUUGAAUACAAUGGGAUUAGGCUUCCCCCAUUCUGCAGAGGAAAAAUGGAGGAGAUUGCAAAUUUCCCUGUCAGAGAGAAUGACAUUUGGAUCGUCACCUACCCUAAAUCAGGCACAAGUUUGCUUCAGGAAGUAGUGUAUCUAGUGAGUCAGGGAGCUGACCCAGAUGAAAUUGGGCUGAUGAACAUCGAUGAACAACUUCCUGUUUUAGAGUAUCCUCAACCUGGACUUGACAUUAUCAAGGAACUCACGUGCCCACGGCUUAUCAAGAGUCAUCUCCCAUAUCGUUUUCUGCCAACUGAUUUACAUAAUGGGGAUUCCAAGGUUAUAUAUAUGGCUCGCAAUCCUAAAGACCUUGUAGUGUCAUAUUACCAGUUCCACCGCUGCCUACGGACCAUGAGUUACAGAGGCACAUUCCAGGAGUUCUGUAGAAGGUUUAUGAAUGAUAAGUUGGGUUAUGGUUCAUGGUUUGAACACGUUCAGGAAUUCUGGGAUCAUCACCUGGAUUCUAAUGUACUGUUUCUAAAGUAUGAAGAUAUGCACAAGGACCUUGCGACACUUGUGGAGCAGUUGGCGAGAUUCCUUGGUGUGUCCUAUGAUAAAGCACAGUUAGAGGCUGUGGUCGAGCACUGUCAUCAGCUCAUUGACCAAUGCUGUAAUGCCGAUGCACUUCCUGUUGGAAGAGGAAGAGUCGGCCUAUGGAAGGACAUAUUCACUGUGUCAAUGAAUGAUAAGUUUGACCUGGUCUAUAAGCAGAGGAUGGCGAAGUCUGAGCUGAUGUUUGACUUCAGCCUAUAAGCAAUGCACGCACCAUUAUCUAUAUAAUUGCUGGAGAAGCCAGACGCUUCUCUUUAUACCUGCUGCAAAAUAUACUGUAAUUAUCCUGUGUAAUGACAUCAUCUGAAACCAGUGGAGAGGCAGCUGCUUCUCUCAGUAUUUCAUUAUUUAUUUGGUAAUUAACUCCUGCAGUGCUGGAGCAGUUAAUAUACAUCUGGGCUGUUCAGCGUUGACAUCAUCUUGCUAAGGAAAGACCUGAAAACACAUCUUUCUUUACUGCCUUCCCAUCACAGAAAGGGUUAAUAUAUCAUGAGACAAAAGAUCAGGAGGUCAAGAAAAUGUUACUUAUAGAAUCUAUGGUACGAGUUAUCGUGUGCAAGUGGGUAGUGCGCAUUUUCUCUUUUAGAGUAAUGUUGUUAAAUGAUAUUUUUUAGCGCUUUUAAAUGGAGAUUCCAUGGAAAAUGAAAUAAACUUUGAUAAAUCAUUAUGUCACGUGCUAAGACAUUGACUGUAGUUGGGGUGAAUGAUGUGUGUCUGAUGCACCUCGGGGCUCUGUUGUCGCACUGGUUGUAUGUUCCAUGUCAUGUGUCAUAUCACUUCAGAUUAAUUCAAAUAAAAUAAAUAUCCAGCUCUUA